AUGGACUUUGUCUUUGGGUUUCCCAAAGACAGUCACAAGAAUACUGUUAUUCUUGUGUUUGUUGAUCGGUUCAGCAAGAUGGUACAUCUUGUUGCUUUACCAGAGUCAACCACAGCCCAGGGCUGUGCUCGUGUCUUCAUCGAUACUAUCUUUCGACUUCACGGGUUAACCCGUGAGAUCGUGUCUGAUAGAGACCCCCGCUUUACGGCGGAGUUCUAUGAAUCCGUGUUCCGUUCACUUGAAACAGGUUUGAAGUCACUUGGAACAGGUUUGGAGAUGUCAGCUUCUAACCAUCCAGAAACCGAUAGUCAAACGGAACGCGACAACCGCGUCCUCGGAGAGAUACUUCGAGGUUAUGCACACUCGUUUACGAGCUGGAGUGAGUUCUUGCCGAUGGUGGAAUUCGCCAUCAACAACCCGGUGCACGCGUCGAAAACGCCUACACCGUUCUUCGUGAAUGGCCUACGCCAUCCACGUUUACCCGCCUUCUCAAAGUGUGACUCUAGUUUAACGAGGGGGGCGGACUCGCUCGAACAAAAACCGAUCUGGUUCUUGCUCAUCACCCGUCGACAAUGGUGUCGACGCGAUGGAUGCUGA